UUGCUCCGUGUCGCCUUGUAGCAAAGCAUCGGAUCCACGCAGCUCCACGGAACUCCACAUUCUCACCCAGCAUCUCCUUCUUCAUCAUCCGGGACGCUGUUGUGGCACCACUACCUUUUCUGCAAAUCGCUUUGUCUCCAUGGUUACGGGCCUCAGGAAUCUCCAGAUAAACAUGGGUCCAAGCUGACCCUCAUACCUGAUCCUGGACACCAGGGAUGAAGAUCCGAAUUCAAACAAUUCAUUGUGCCUAAAAUAGCGGCUUGAGGAUAAAACCGCCACGGAUAGAUUGUGCAUCCUCGUGGGGUCAUGAUGGAAUUGUGCAACGGUCCCUUGACACUUGUAGGUAGAGUAAAAGACAGUAUGUUGGAAUUUACUCAGGUUUGAGAUCCUAGUUAUGCUGGCGAUAUCCUCGUUCUUCACAUCGGAGUGUGGCCUUAACCGACCAAAACGGGUCUGAAAGGCACCGUCACCGAGGACCAGGAUGCACCAGCUCUUCAGUCAGGUGCUGGGCCAGAGGGAUUUGUCACGAGCCGGAGACCUGUUCUCACUGGACGAUGCGGCGAUCGAGGACUGCCUGUCGCACGCGUUGGAUCAGAUCAAGUCUAUCUCCUGCUCACCGGACUAUUUGACCAACGACAACGACCAGGCGGUGGUGGAGAUUUGCAUAACGCGCAUCACCACGGCCAUCAGGGGGACGGACUCCAUCGGGCGGCACAGCACGGCCCUGGUGGGGCUGUGGGAGUCGUGUCUGGAACACGACCUCACGCCUCACGGGGACAACACCGAGGACACGCCGCACGCCAAGAUAGCCUCGGACAUUACCAGCUGCAUCCUGCAGAAUUACAGCUGUCCGUCAAUCAUGGCGCUGGCCGUCCCGGUGGCGGUGCGCUUUCUGCAUGGAGGCAACCGAGAGCUGAGCAGGAACAUGUCCAGUUAUCUCUCCCUGGCUGCCAUAGCUGAGAUCGAUCUGCUGGCUGAGCACACUGAGGCCAUAACACGCAGUGUGCUUGCAGGGAACCACAUGCUGCUCCGUGUGCUGCCCUCAGUCUACUCCAGACAACCCGAUGUCAUCCACCGUCACCUUGGCAACCUCACAGCGAUGAUGUCACAGCUGGACCCUACGGAACAACAGCACCUGAUCCGACUGCUUCAAAUGGUGGCCGAGCAGCAUCCGCUGAUGCUGAGCCCGCAGGUACCGGCGCUGGUGGGUUACCUCGGCAACCAGUCUCUGGUGGAGGCCAUUCUUGGCACCGUGGUGGACGUGUCUCAAGCCAGCCCCUCCUCGCUGGUCAGCUCCCUGCCAAGGCUCAGGACCGUGGGACAACAGUGGCCCGCUCUCUUGGGUCACGUGGCCAAAAUCCAUGGUGCCGUGGGCAUCAUCAGCGAGACACAUGCGCACAGUUCCUUGGUCUACCUGGUGUCCCUGCUGGGUAACAUGGAGCACACGUUCCACCACACGCUGCUGCUGGAGAUCCGGGCUCUGACCGACCGAUACCCGUCUGUGCUGGGAGGCUACGGGAAAGACCUGUAUCGGCAGAGCAACUCCUUCAGCGCCAUCGCCAGGCUGCUGGGGAGGCGGCUCGAGGAGAGCGCCACCACAGGCUGCAGUGAAAAUGGGGUGGAGCCGCCGCCGUCAUCCAGCGCGUCGCUUCAAGCGGGAGGCAGGCGAGGGACGUCAAAACCGCGGCAACAGGCGAACGCCGGGAGUGAGAUGGAGGUGCAGGAGGACUCCCCGCCACCCCAGCGGCGGUACAGCCUGAGCCAUGCGCUGAGGGAGGAGCAACGGGAGAUGAGAUUCAACAGGUCAAAGAGCCUGGCUCUCCACGCCGUGCGCUCGCUGUCCAUCAACUCAGACGGCGGGGAGGACGCGGAGGGCGUGGAGCUCAGUCUGGACGACGUGGCGUUCGCCGGCACUUUGCCCUGCCAGCUAGGAACUCAGGAAGUCACGCCGUCCGCUGAGAACGUGGCGGACGACGUCGCAGCGUCCGCCGGCGUGGCGGACAGAGGGGUCAAGGAGACGGAGCGAGGUCAAAGCGGGCGGAAGAACAAAGAGGAGGAAGACGUUGGGGAAGCCGACAGACUCUUUGUCCAUCUAAGAAACAAUAUGGAGUUGAUCCGAGAGUUCUGUAAGGACCUGGUUCUGCAGAUCCCCAUACCGGAGCAGUGUGUCAUAGAAGAGUGCCAGCGAGGGUGCGUAGCCCGCCUGUCCUUCUCCUGCCCGCAGAAGGGCCACUACUGCCUGUACGCCAAGUCCACCUUCAACCUGAGCAGCCGCCAGCCUCACCUGUGGAUCCACCUCAUGCUGCUGCAUCUGCAGAGCAAGUCCCAGGUCCCCCUGUGCUCGGGAGACGAGUGUGUCCAAAGACUGGCGUCACUUUGGUGCAGGACUCAGCUGAAGGGAGCUCACAGUUUCCACGUGGCGAUGACGCAACACGCCACCCCGCACAGAAAGGACCUGGACAGUCUGCAGAUGCAGCUGGAGGACGUUCGCUUCUUUGACCUGUUUGGCUACAGUGAAGCAGAGGGGGGGUGGCUGUGCUUCAUGUGCAACAACCCGGAGAAGGCCACAGGCGUGAACCAGGAGGGUCAGCCUCUCAUUGAAGGCAAGCUGAAGGAGAAGCAGGUGCGCUGGAGGUUCAUCAAGCGAUGGAAGACUCGCUACUUCACCUUGGCAGGAAACCAGCUGCUCUUCCGGCGAGGCAAAUCGAAAGACGAGCUGGACGACGUUCCCAUCGAGCUGAGCAAGGUUCAAAGUGUCAAGGUGGUGGCCAAGAAGCGGCGGGAUCGAGGCCUGCCGCGAGCCUUCGAGAUCUUCACGGACAGCAAGACGUACGUGCUGAAAGCUCAGGACCAGAAGCACGCGGAGGAGUGGCUGCAGUGCAUCAACGUGGCCGUGGCUCAGGCCAGAGAGCGGGAGAACCGAGAGGCCACCACUUACCUGUGAACUCACCUGUGGGAGGUCCUAACAGCAGUUCUUCCAGAUGCAGAGGUCUUUGCACUGCCAUCACUUCAAUACAACACCAGGUCAAGGGAGGACGCACAACUCAAUUGUGUUGAUCCAAAUCACCACAACUGACAUUUGCACGUACUCUACUUACACAAUAACCUCCACCAAGGCUAUUAUCAGCAAGUAGAAGUGCACCCAUCCGAUAAAAGUAUCGGAUGAUAUCGACUUGCAUCUUGAAUCGCUCCGAUACAAGCAGUCCCGCAGCCAGUUAUCUAAAUCAGUGGUCCCCAACCACCGGGCCGCAGAAUAAUUUAUUUAUUUGUUUCUUUUAAUUAAAUCAACAUAAAAAAAAAAGAUACACUUACAAUUAGUGCACCAACCCAAAAAAACUCCCUUUUUUCAUGACAAAAACCUCCCUUUUUCAUGACAAAAAAAAUAGAAAUACAAAAAAAUAGUAAUAAUAAUAAAAAGAAUACCCCCCGACCCCACUGGGGACCACUGAUCUAAAUGUCCUCCACUAAACACACAAUUUCUUCCAUUUUAGUCAAGUCCUUUACAAAAGGUAAACAUAUAAGCUGGUAGCAGCUACACAACAGCUAAGCACACAAUAGCACACAAGCUACAUACGUAACAAGUGUCCUUCAUUGAACGAUAUUGCAGUCUAAAACAGCACAUUUGUCGAUAUAAACAAGUGUAAAAUAGUUAUUGUUGCAUAUUACUCACACAUAUAAAGUCUGUUAGAAAGUAUCCAGUAACAAACGUGUCCGCAUCAUGAGUAGCGUUGUCCCGAUGCCAAUAUUUUGGUAUCAGUACGAAAAUGUAUUUCGACGACCACAAAAACGUCAUUAUUGGUUUAAUACGUUAAACAUGUUUUUAUUGCAAAUCAGAGAAAAAUGUUGUAAUUAAAUAAAAUAGUGAACAUACUAAACAACUUUAUUUUUAGUAGUAAGUAAGAAAAAAAGGCUCCAAAUAGUAACAGUAAUAUAUUGUGUUAUUUGUCAUUCUAUUAUUUUGUUAAAAUUUUGAGGGACAAACGGCUGAAAAUGGAUUAUUAAUUUAAUUGUUCCUUUACUGUUAAUAUCUGCUUAUGUUCUCUUUUAACAUGUUCUAUCUACACUUCUGUUAAAAUGUAAUAAUCACUCAUUAUUCUGUUUUUGGAUACUUUACAUUAGUUUUGGAGGAUACCACAAAUUUAGGUAUUGAUCUGAUACCAAGUAGUUACAUUAUCAUAUUCAGAAUCCUCAUCUGUCCAGGGACAUAUGUCCUGAGUUUAUAAAAGACAAAAUAUCGAUGUGAUCAUUGUAGUAUUGACUAUAUACGGCUCUUUACGUAAUAUCGUUACAGUGGAUAUCUGUAUAGAUCCACCCAUUUGUUUACAUUGCUGUUAGCGGUGAGCUAAUGUAUCCUCCAAAGGUGUGUAGUGAAGCAUGUUUAGCUAUUCCUCGUCCUGUAGGGAUGAUACUUGUGAGAAACAUACUUUAUUUGUCGCCAUGGAGACAAGGAUUAUUGAUUUACAAGUAGCUAAAACACUGUAGAGGGGCGUUAGCCGCCAUCUAGCAAGCGAGGACUAUGCAGCGAAUUGCUUCGUCUUAUCAUAAGACAAAAUACGUCCAUUCUCCCUCUUCUGUCUCUACACUCUUUCUGCUUGAAAGUGCUCUGUAUGUGUGUGUUGACUCACAUGGGGGUAAAAAAAGUACUUGUUUUUUUUCAAAGCCAGUAUAGUACCUUUUUUUUUUUUUAAUUCAUUAGGAUCGCUGUACUUUAUUGGCACUGGUACACCGUCCAACCCGAGUCAUGAGCCUACCCUGAAGAACAAGUGGCUGCUAGGUGUCGCCAAAACAACUUCAACCUAAAGACAGCGAUGAAUAAUGAAUAGGUUAGUGUUUUUUGUACCAUUGUUCUCUGACUGAUUUCACUGGAUCAGACCUUUUCUAACAUUCCACCCUACAAAAUGAUAAAAGUAUGCUGAUAUCAAAAUGAAUCAGUAUCGGCAUCGGCUAAUACUCAAGGCUCCAAUAUGAGAAGAACCUUCUACAGUAAGUAAAACACAUUAGACUUAGACUUCCUUUUUAUUGUCAAUCAAAUUUGAACUUUGCAGUACAGAUAAGAACGCAAUUUUGUUGCAUUAGCUCAUGGUAGUGAAGGAUAAAAAAAUCAAUAAGGUGCAGAUAUAAAUAAAUAGAUUACUGUACAGAUAAACAUUUCACUUUUGCAGGUUAUAUUGUCUUUAUAUUCCAGUGAGUUCAUCCAUUUUGAUUAGGGGAUUAUUAUGAUGCGUUCAAGAGUAGCACAAGUUAUUAACGAAUAGUACAAAUAUUUCCGGCUUAUGCCUCAGUUAUUGAGACAAAUGUGCAAAAAAAAAAAAAUCACACUAAAAUCCUGAAUCGGCACCUUUAUCCAGAUCUGCACCAAAUAUUACAUAUUUUUGCAGCUAUUAAUUCAGUCAUUAUUUUUUCUCACUCCAAUGUGAACGAGUGCACCCACUAAAUUAUUAUUACUUUUGGCAAUAUAAUGUAUGAAACUAGGGGGCCUUAUUAUGUGCUCAAACUGAAAUACCACUAUUUAAUUCGAGGGUCGGCACUACGCGGCUCUAGAGCCGCAGCGCCGCCCUAGUGGUUCUCGGGAGCUUUUUCAAAAAUGUAUGAAAAAUGGAAAAAGAUGAGGAAAAAAAGAUAAAAAAUAUAUUUUUGCUUCAAUAUAGUUUCUGUAGGACAAACAUGACACACACCUCCCUAAUUGUUAUUAAGCACACUGUUUGUAUUAAACAUGCUUCACUGAUUCGAGUAUUUGGCGAGCGCCAUUUUAUCCUACUUAAUUUGGCGGUCCUUGAACUCACCGUAGUUUGUUUACAUUUAUAACUUUCCUCGACUUUCUAAGACAUGUUUUUUUCCACUUCUUUAUCCGUCUCAUUUUGUCCACCAAACUUUUAAAGUUGUGCAUGAAUGCAUAAAGGUGAGUUUUGCUGAUGUUAUUGACUUGUGUGGAGUGCUAAUCAGACAUUUUUGGUCAGUGCAUGACUGCAAGCUAAUCGAUGCUAACAUGCUAUUUAGGCUAGCUAUAUGUACAUUUUGGAUCAUUAUGCCUCAUUUGUAGCUAUAUUUGAGCUCAUUUAGUUUCCUUUAAGUACUCAUAAUUCAAUGUAUAUCUCAUGACACACUAUAUGUAUGUAAUAUGGCUUUUAAUUUUUUGCGGCUCCAGACAUGUUUGUUUUUGUAUUUUUGGUCCAAAAUGGCUCUUUCAACAUUUUAGGUUGCCGACUCCUAAUUUAGUUAAACUUGGUAGUUUGCCUUCUGAGAGUUGGAUGUAAAUCUUCACCAUUAGCAAAACAUGAUAUGCGUUAGUUAAUUAACUUGAAUACAUGAUAAGUAACCUAAAGGCCUACCGAAAUGAGAAUUUCUUAUUUAAACGGGAAUAGCAGGUCCAUUCUAUGUGUCAUACUUGAUCAUUUCGCGAUAUUGCCAUAUUUUUGCUGAAAGGAUUAAGUAGAGAACAUCGACGAUAAAGUUCGCAACUUUUGGUCGCUAAUAAAAAAGCCUUGCCUGUACCGGAAGUAGAAGACGAUGUGAGCGUGAUGUCACGGGUUGUGGAGUUCCUCAAAUCUGAACAUUGUUUACAAUCUCGGCCACCAGCAGCGAGAGCGAUACGGACCGAGAAAGCGACGAUUUCCCCAUUAAUUUGAGCGAGGAUGAAAGAUUCGUGGAUGAGGAAAGUGAGAGUGAAGGACUAGAAAAAAAAAAGACGAGGUCAGUGGGAGCGAUUCGGAUGUUAUUAGACAUAUUUACUAUGAUAAUUCUGGAAAAUCCCUUAUCUGCUUAUUGUGUUACUAAUGUUUUAGUGAGAUUAUAUGGUCGUACCAGUACAACCGGAGAGUCAGAGGGGUGUGGUGACCGCCGGUGUCUCCGAGGGAAGCCACGUUUCUCAACGAGGCGAAGGCAGCCGGGCUGAGAUUAUUUUUUUUUUCCCCUCCUCCACGGUGGAAGCAUCCGACGCUUGGGGGCGGACGGUUGGAGGAGGCAAGAGAAUCCGCAGCUGAAGGAGGAACGACGCAAACUCUCCGCUCAUGUCUACGGUAAGAGCCGACUUAUUACCACCAUUUUCUCACCGAAACCUGCCGGUCGACAUGUGGUAGGGAACCAUGUUCGCUUGACCGCUCUGUUCCAUAGUAAAGCUUCACCGUCAUCUUUCGGGAAUGUAAACAAGGAAACACCGGCUGUGUUUGUGUUGCUAAAUGUGGCCGCAAUACACCGCUUCCCACCUACAUCUUUCUUCUUUGACGUCUCCAUUAUUAAUUGAACAAAUUGCAAAAGAUUCAGCAACACAGAUGUCCAGAAUACUGUGUAAUUAUGCAAUUAAAGCAGACGACUUUUAGCUGGGAUCGGUGCUGGAUCAAAAUGUCCGCUGCAACCCGUGAUGUCACGCGCACGCGUCAUCAUACCGUGACGUUUUCAACAGGAUACUUCGCGCGAAAUUUAAAAUUGCAAUUUAGUAAACUAAAAAGGCCGUACUGGCAUGUGUUGCAAUGUUAAUAUUUCAUCAUUGAUAUAUAAACUAUCAGACUGCGUGGUCGGUAGUAGUGGGUUUCAGUAGGCCUUUAAAUAAACAUCCAUAUUUCACAAUAGCAAACGAGCACCAAAAGAAAAGUAGCAGCCAUGCCAGCUUAGCUUGGUUCCAGCAACAAAUGUGUAGCAAUAAGGUUGAGGACGAAUGAUCUGCGGGUGAACUACGUCUCCACUCAGGCCAGAACUUUCCGGUCCGAGUGUCCGAUUCCUAAAAGGAAAAGCAACUUGUCACAUUUCUCCAAAUGUCAAAAUACUCCCUUAUUGAUAUUUGUACUCUUUAUAUUUGCUCCAAAGUCGCCUUAUGUUACAUCACGGUCUAUUCUGGAAACUCACGAGGGUCAGCGAGUGGUCAAGUUUCUUUUUAUUUUGCAAUCACGGCACCGCUGGGGUCCCGCUGCCUUCAUGAUGUCGUGUUUCACGUACUUCUACCAAAACAUUACAGUCCACUGCUGUGGACUGAUUGAUUGUUGAGAUUGUGUUGUCCGUUUAUAUUUUUAUGGACGUCACAGAGCGGCGCCUCAAAUGCACAGCAAUUAAAAGCCUACUGAAAUGAGAUUUUCUUAUUUAAACGGGGAUAGCAGGUCCGUUCUAUGUGUCAUACUUGAUUAUUUUACGAUAUUGCCUUAUUUUUGCUGAAAGGAUUUAGUAGAGAACAUCGACGAUAAAGUUCGCAGCUUUUGGUGCUGAUAAAAAAGCCUUGCCUUUACCGGAAGUAGCAGACGAUGUGCGCGUGAUGUCACGGGUUGUGGAGCUCCUCACAUCUGAACAUUGUUUACAAUCAUGGCCACCAGCAGCAAGAGCGAUUCGGACCGCGAAAGCAACGAUUUCCCCAUUAAUUUGAGCGAGGAUGAACGAUUCGUGGAUGAGGAAAGUGAGAGUGAAGGACAAGGGAACAUUUUUUUAAAUAAUAAUAAUAAAAUAAAGGGGAAAAAAGAGGGCAGUGGGAGCGAUUAAGAUAGGGAAGAUGCUGUAAGAGGCGCCGUGGCAGCCGUGGGGGUGGCAGGAUCCCUCGGCCAGGCCCAACCGUAACAAGGGAUAGAGCCAUACCGCUUUGAACCCGACGCUGGCGGUGACGAUCAGGAGGACACAUAUUGAUGCUGGAGUAGCACACGACAUAGAUCGCCUUCAGAAUACAGAAUGGUAAAAAAAAAAAUUAUUAAUACACAUAAUACACUGUACUUUGUGACAUCUCUGUUCCAUAGUAAAGCUUGACAGUCAUCUUUCGGGAAUGUAAACAAUGAAACACCGGCUGUGUUUGUGUUGCUAAAGCCGGCCGCAAUACACCGCUUCCCCCCUACAGCUUUCUUCUUUGAUGUCUCCAUUGUUCAUUGAAGAAAUUGCAAAAGAUUCAGCAACACAGAUGUCCAGAAUACUGUGGAAUUUUGCGAUGAAAACAGACGACUUAAUAGCUGGGAACGAUGCUAGAACAAAUGCGUGUGAUGUCAUCAUACCGAGACGUUUCAGCAGGAUUUUUCGGCGCGAAAUUUAAAAUUGCAAUUUAGUCAACUAAAAAGGCCGUAUUGGCAUGUGUUGCAAUGUUAAUAUUUCAUCAUUGAUAUAUAAACUAUCAGACUGCGUGGUCGGUAGUAGUGGGUUUCAGUAGGCCUUUAAAAGUCUAAAGACGGCGUCUUGAAGGGUCUGGUUUAAUCCAAUUGUUGGAUUAUUUAGGACAGGUGUGUCAAAAGUACGACCCGAGGGCUGGAUCAGGCCUGAAAGCAGGUUUUAUCCGGCCCGCGGGAUGAGUAUGAGUAUAAAAAUGAACUGAAAUUUUUGAAUGAAAAAAACUGCUUUUCUAAAUGUGUCCACUGGAUGUCGCAAUAGCAAUUAUUUGUAUCUUUGUAGAUGAUGCUACUUAUGUACAACAUAUACCACAAAAUGUUAGUGUAUCAGUCCAGGAAAAUGAUCAAACUACAUAAAUAACAUCCUGUAAUUUGUUUUUGAUAUUAUUGUUUUUAUCUUGAUAGAUUGAAAAUUAACACCAAUGAGCAUACUUGGCAACCCUCCCGAUUUUCCCGGGAGACACCCGAAUUUCAGUGCCCCUCCCGAAAAUCUCUUGGGGCAAUCAUUCUCCCAAAUUUCUCCCGAUUUCCACCCGGUCAACGAUAUUAGGGGCGUGCCUUAAAGGCACUACCUUUAACGUCUUCUACAACCCGUCGUCACGUCCGCUUUUCCUCCAUACAAACAGCGUGCCGCCCCAAUCACAUAACAUAUGCUGCUUCCACACACAUCUAAGUGAAUGCAAUGCAUACUUGGUCAACAGCCAUACAGGUCACACUGAGGGUUGCCGUGUAAACAACUUUAACACUGUUACAAAUAUGCGCCAUGCUGUGAACCCACACCAAACAAGGAUGACAAACACAUUUCGGCAGAACAUCCGCACCGUAACACAACAUAAACACAACAGAUACCUAGAAACCCUUGCAGCACUAACUCUUUCGGAACGCCCCAAUAUACACCCCCCAGCCCCCAUCUCCCAAAUUCGGAGGUCUCAAGGUUGGCAAGUAUGCCAAUGAGUUGACUGAUGAACAUUAUCACAUCAUUUAUUCAGAAAAUAUAAAUAACGACAUAAAUAUAGAAUACUACUAACCACAACAUUUAAGUGUAUAAAAAACCCAACAAUAGUAUGAUUUGUUCAAUUUGAGAAUGUGUUUGUUCUAUUUUUAAACAAAGAAAACAAACUGAAGUUGUCUUUAUUUAUAAGUUAUCGUGCCGUGAUUUUACCACUUGGGAGUAGAUUUGUUUAUCCAUGUGGCCCCCGAUUUAAAAUGAGUUUGACACCCCCGAUUUAACACCUAUUGUCCAUGUCGUGAGAUUAAUCAAGUCUUCAUGGAUAGAAAAUGCAACAUAAAGCAUAUCUGACAUAGCAAAAGUUAGAAGAAAAGGCACUGACUACAUCAACAUUUGUAACAAUAGGAGCUUCUGUUAAAAUAUGCAUACCUUAAGAACUAUGGUUUGUGUUGCAACAGGGACGUUAUUCAGUGAUGCACCGGAAAUGAUUCAUACUUAACAGGACUAUUUAAGGACCGGAUACUUGUCGUCCUGUUGGUUUGAGACUUUUGUUCAUUAUUCUAAAUGAAUGUUGUUGUGGGAAAUACCAAUUGUAUUUCUACGCGCUGAAUGUCUUUUUAUUUUUGCUCAAUAAAGCUUAUGUGAAACUUG